UGGGGAUUCGAACCCGCCACCUUAGGUGUACGUGGCUGGCGCCUUAGCCGGUUGAGCUAUAGGCGCCGAGCCACAGGCUCUGAUUUUGCUGGGCAGAGAUUUUAGCAAAUCAGAAGACGGUGAUGGCUCAGAGAAAGGUGGCUUUGGAGGAAAUACUGUUUAUUGUUAAUUUUACAGGUGGCAUUAUCUGCGUCUGUCUUUCAGCCUGAUGAAUGUCCAGGCAGAUGCACCUCAUUCACAGGUGUGAAGAUCAGGGAUGCUGCUCAACACCCCACAAAGAACAGAUCAGCUUUCCAGUUAGAAUUAUCCAGUACUGUGUCUAAAAGUACUGGCUUUGAGAAACCCUGUACAUGGUACAGAGUAGGUCUCACAUAUUUAUUACUGUACCAGCUUAUUAGUGAAGAGCAUAUAAACAAAGAGAAAACUCAUUUUCCCAAUGAAGUGUGGCUGCCUGUCCAACUGAUGACAUUUUCAGGUUGAUAUGGACUCACUGGUCUUUGAGGAUGUGGCUGUGAACUUUACCCCAGAAGAGUGGGCUUUGCUGGAUUGUGCUCAGAAGAACCUCUACAGAGAUGUGAUGCUGGAAACCUGUAAGAACCUGGCCUCCUUAGAUUUUUGGAUUUAUGUUAGAACCAAUGGAGCAUGUCCUCAGCGGGAAAUUUUUGGGGAUGAAGUAUUCAAUGGAGAGAAAAUUGUACAAUUCACAAGAAAUGAUUCCUGUUCUCUUUCGGGAGAAAACUGGAGAUUUUAUAACAUUGAGGAUCAGCACCCAAUCCCACAGAGGCAUUUGAGAAGCCAGUUGGUGGAGAGUCUCUGUGAAAAUAGUGAAAGUCAUCAAUGUGGGGAAACCUUGAGCCAGAUUGAGAACCUUGUUAUGUUCAAGAGUUAUCCUGCAGAAGUUAGGGCUAAUGAUUGUAGUAAGUGCGGCAAAGCCUUCAAGAAUCAUCGAAAGUCUCACACUGGACAGAGACCUUACUACUGUGAGGAAUGUGGGCAAGCCUGCAGUUGUCUCUUGUGCCAAAGCCCUCACGUAGAAACUCACAUUGUACAGAAACUCUAUAAAUUUCAGGACUCUGGGAGAGCCUCUAAGAAAUAUGUUAAAAAUCUCAGCAGUAAAAUAUCUCUUGAAUGCAAGAAAUGUGGGAAAGUUUUCACUUGUCCCUCUUCUUUUAGGGGACAUGUGAAAGGUCAUUGUGGACAGAAAACACAUAAAUGUAAAGUAUGUGGAAAAACCUUCAUGUAUCACUCCUACCUCACAAGACACAUAAGAACUCACACUGGAGAGAAACCCUAUGAAUGUAAGGAAUGUGGGAAAGCCUUCAGUUGUCCCUCAUACUUUCGAGAACAUGUUAGAACACAUACUGGAGAGAAACCAUAUGAAUGUAAGCACUGUGGAAAAACAUUCAGUUGUUAUUCAUCUUUUAGAGAUCAUGUCAGAACACACACUGGAGAGAAACCCUGUCAAUGUAAACAUUGUGGAAAAGCCUUCACUUGUUACUCAUCUCUUCGAGAACAUGGGAGAACACAUAGUGGAGAGAAAAGCUAUGAAUGUAGCCAAUGUGGUAAAGCUUUCAGGUAUCCAUCAUCCCUGCGAGCACAUGUGAGAAUGCACACUGGAGAGAAGCCUUACACAUGUAAGCAGUGUGGAAAAGCCUUUGGCUGUCCCACUUACUUUAGAAGACAUGUGAAAACACAUAGUGGUGUGAAACCCUAUGAAUGUAAGGAGUGUGGGAAAGCCUACAGUUUUUCUUCGUCCCUUCGAAUACAUGUGAGAACACACACUGGAGAGAAACCCUUUGAAUGCAAGCAGUGUGGAAAAGCCUUCAGUUGUCGCUCCUCCCUUCGAGAACAUGUGAAAACACAUAGUGGAGAGAAACCUUAUGAAUGUAAGCAAUGUGGAAAAGCCUUCAGCCAUUCUCAGUAUUUUCAAAAACAUGUGAAGUCACACAGUGGAGUAAAACCCUAUGAAUGUACUGAAUGUGGGAAAGCCUACAGUUGUUCCUCAUCUCUAAGAGUGCAUGUGAGAAUGCACACUGGUGAGAGACCAUAUGAAUGCAAGCAGUGUGGGAAAACCUUCAGGUAUCUUACAUCCCUUCAAGCACAUAUGAAAACACAUGCUGGAGAAUAAAAACACAAUAAAUAUUUGAAAGUGUUCAUUUAACCUUAAAACCUUAUUGUUAGUGCAAGAAAAAAAACACAUUGGUAAGAAACCUUAUAUAUGUAGAGAAUGUGAGAAAACUUUCUGGUAUAGCAUUUAUCUUGCACAAGUAAACUCAGAAUAUGGGAGCAAUCUCUUGAAUAUGGUCAUCAUUGCUUUCUAAGUAUCUCAGCCUUAAUAGUAAUUCCUAGGGUAUUAAUUUCUAGUUCAUGUUUAUAGACAUAAACACAAGACAAUAUCCUGUUUUGUACCUUUUCAGCUAUAUAGAACUUUUAAACAAUUGUGUGGUUAUUAAAAACCUUUCUCAUUCCAUUAUAAUGUCUUUUGGACUUAGAGAUAAUUAGGUGGGUUUUUAUUUUCAUGUACAACUUG